AUGAAUGGCCGCUUCUGGCCCAUCGACAUGCAGUUGCCUACCAAAGCUCACCGCGCUUUGAAAAUGGUGAUACUAUAUCGGAAUCCACCUGAAACCGGAGCGCCAAUCGCGGAACCUACAUCUUUUUCUCCCAGGCCGGUGCUUGACGGCUUUUACUGGCUCGUGAAAGGAUCUAUCCUGGAGAACAUCUGGACUGCGGAAGGCAUCGUAAUGAUCGCCCGCAGCCGGGUUCACCGACCACCCGAUGUUGAUGGCCCCUUAGGCUGCAAACCCAGAGCUAGCUUUUUAGCCUUUGAAGACGAUGCCGCCCACAAGGUUUGCGCUCGUCGUGGCGCUAAUGGAAGGUUUCGUGCUAGCCUAGUUGCCAGAUACGAACCCUAG